CAAGAGAGAAGAGAAUAGCUAAAGAUCACACGGAAACAGCUCAAGAAUGAAGUCUUUAUCUCAAUUCUUGGCACUUCUUGUCAACUCAAGGAGCAUGGUGCACUGAGUCAAUCGGAAAGAGGAAGAGGGAAGCAAAACCAAUUCAGAAACCAGAAAAAUUCGCCAGAUUUUUCGUACCUGGAGGACCCCCACCCAGCGCCCGUGCGUCGCCGAUGACUGUUGCGGCUCUCGGCGAAACGAGAGGAGAGCUUCUUCGAAGAGGCGAUCGAGCAAACACAUGGAAGGCGUCGGUGGUCCAGGCGACGCGAGGCGGCGUAAUCGCUCUCAUCAUCUCUCUUCGCCCCUCCGUAUGGAAUAAAUGGAAGAUUGAUUGUCAUCCGUCGGAUCCGGAUCGGAUGAGUUCAGUGUCAUGGGCUUUUUUGUCAUUCUACAUGAUACGGCUUGUGAAAGUCUCGUCAAUGUAGUAUUUCCUCCCAAGAGGGCGAGGGAGAGAGAGGGGGAGAAGACGAGAUGGACAAUGGAAACCACCAAAUCCCCGAGAAUGCAAAUGAGCAUUGCCCGGGGCCGCAGUCAGAGGAGGCGGGGAAGGCAGAUGCCUGCGCCGGGUGCCCUAAUCAGCAAAUCUGUGCCACUGCCCCAAAAGGCCCUGACCCUGACUUGGUGACUAUAGCAGAGAGAAUGGCAACUAUAAAACACAAGAUACUUGUCCUAUCUGGGAAGGGUGGUGUCGGAAAAAGUACUUUCGCGGCACAGCUCUCGUUUGCAUUGGCUGAGAUGGACUCCCAGGUUGGCCUUCUUGACAUAGACAUAUGUGGGCCUAGCAUCCCCAAAAUGCUGGGCCUUGAAGGGCAGGAUAUCCACCAGAGCAACCUUGGUUGGUCCCCGGUCUAUGUUGAAUCGAACCUUGGGGUUAUGUCAAUUGGUUUCAUGCUCCCAAAUCCUGAUGAGGCUGUCAUAUGGAGGGGCCCUCGCAAGAAUGGACUCAUCAAACAGUUCUUGAAGGACGUGGAUUGGGGUGAGCUGGACUAUCUUGUGGUUGAUGCUCCGCCUGGAACAUCUGAUGAGCACAUUUCUAUUGUACAGUUUCUGCAAGCCACAGGCAUAGUUGGUGCGAUCAUCGUUACCACCCCACAGCAAGUGUCUUUGAUCGAUGUGCGAAAGGAGAUCAGUUUCUGCAAGAAGGUUGGCAUCCAAGUUUUGGGGAUUGUCGAGAACAUGAGCGAGUUGAGGCAGUCGAUUUCAGAUUUCAGGUUCGUGAAGUCGACUGAGUCCGGACUUGAGAAUGAUGUAACAGAGUGGGCACUUAGCUAUAUUAGAUCAAAUGCUCCGGAGCUGCUGUCCGUAAUCUCAUGCUGCGAGGUCUUCGAUAGCAGUAGAGGUGGGGCUGCAAAGAUGUGCGCGGAAAUGGGAGUCCCAUUUCUCGGGAAGGUGCCGAUGGAUCCUCAUCUUUGCAGAGCCGUAGAGGAAGGGCGCUCAUGUUUCACGGAUCAGAAAUGCACUGUGAGCGCUCCGGCACUAAGAACAAUCAUUGAGAAACUGGUUUCCUCUUGUCAAUAAAUUUCAAGAAAUGAUGUUUGCAGCAAGUUAGAUGACAAGAUCACUAUGCGACUGCCGAUCGUCAAUUACAUCUCACCGUUUCUUUGAUCACGUGUGUUUUGUUAUAAUUCUUGUAUCAGGCUAAUCAAAAAACAUAUUGCCAUUGCCAGGUUUUUGUUACACAGAUAGCUGAGAAGAUUGUUCUUUUCUUGUUAUCGUGGAAUGUUUGUUUUGUUUAUUCAGACUGCUGAGCGGAAUAGUUUCAGAUGAACUCAUUUACAUCAUUCGAUUAAUGUAAGGCCUAGAAGAAGACAUGUUCCAUACUUGA